AUGUCUCCCAUGUUAUCAUCAGAUCACCUUAUUCCUGGUACAAAAAUUCAUCUAGAAGAUUAUACCCGUUUGGUUCUCAAGUCUAAUAAAUUUGAUAAUAAUCAUGCUAAGACAAUAUUAGGCAAACGUAAAGAGCAGUUGUUUGAAGACUCGGAUAAAUCAGCAUUUCGUGGAGGGAUGCUUUAA